UUCCUAUUCGAGAGCGACUGUUUCAGAAGGGGCUUCGAGUGGGGGAGGAGGAGGUUGCGGAUUUUUUUUUUUUUAAGAUCAAUUUAUUAGCUUCCAACUCCAAAAGUAACCCAUCAACUUCCCUUCGAUGUAUGUGCAUUUCGGAGUAAGGUGCAGCUGAGGAUGCGAGGCUUUUGUACACUUGCCGUGGCGUGCGUCAGCUCUUGUAUCGCCAAGAAACCCUCCUCCCCUCCUCUGCCUCCCUCUCCCCCAACUCUCCUCCCCUAAUAUGGCCAGGAAGAGCCGACAGCGGGAACAGGGUGGGCGUGGCGACGGGGCUCGGCGGUACUGAAAGAGAGCUCCGCGCGUUGAAGGGUGUGGGUUGCUGCUCUCCCCGCACCCUCCACCCUUGUGCGGCGCAUCAUGAGUCCAGCGGCUGGCGGAGCGGCGCCAUGAAGCGCCAGAAUGUGCGGACUCUCGCCCUCAUUGUCUGCACCUUCACCUACCUGCUGGUCGGAGCCGCCGUCUUCGAUGCCCUGGAGUCCAAGCAGGAGACCUCGGAGAAGAAGAACUUGGAUGAAAGGAGGUUCGAGCUCAUGAGCAAAUACAACCUGAGCGAGAAGAAAUACGAAGAACUGGAGCUGGUGGUCUUGAAACUCAAGCCGCAUCAAGCAGGAGUCCAGUGGAGAUUUGCCGGCUCUUUCUAUUUCGCCAUCACUGUGAUCACAACUAUAGGAUAUGGCCACGCUGCGCCGAGCACAGAUGGAGGAAAGAUUUUCUGCAUGUUUUACGCCUUGCUCGGGAUUCCACUCACCCUGGUCAUGUUUCAGAGCAUGGGAGAGAGAAUCAAUACAUUUGUCAAAUAUCUCCUACACAGAAUCAAGAAGUGCCUGAGAAUGAAACAUACAGAAGUCUCCAUGGCAAACAUGGUCAUCAUUGGCUUUUUUUCCUGCAUUAGCACCCUAUGCAUCGGGGCUGCUGCAUUCUCAUAUUAUGAGGAUUGGACCUUUUUCCAUGCAUAUUACUAUUGCUUCAUCACACUCACCACCAUUGGUUUUGGGGACUAUGUGGCCCUGCAGAAACACGAUGCUCUUCAAAAUGAUCCCCACUAUGUGGCGUUUAGCUUUGUCUACAUUUUGACGGGCCUGACAGUUAUUGGAGCUUUCCUCAAUCUGGUGGUUCUGAGGUUCAUGACGAUGAACUCUGAAGAUGAAAAACGGGAUGCAGAACAGAAAGCAUUGCUCAGAAGAAAUGGACAAACUACCAUCCGCACAACAGAAACCUCUGGCAACUUCCGGAACAUGUACGCAGAAGUUCUUCAUUUUCACUCCAUGUGUUCAUGUCUCUGGUAUAAGAGUCGGGAAAAAUUGCAUUAUUCAAUACCAAUGAUCAUUCCCAGAGACAUAUCAACGUCUGACACUUGCAUCGAACAGAGCGAUGCAUCUCCAAAUAGGCUUCCAGAGGCCUUUACCAAUGGGUGUGUGUGUAAUCUCCACAGGUCCACCAUUAGCUCAGUGUCUACGGGACUUCAUAGUUUGUCUGCCCUCAAAGGAUUUACAAAAAGAAGAAGUUCUGUGUAAUAAGGAUUCAGUAGAUUAAUUCUAAUGUUAAUUAAUGGCAUUUGAACGAUUAACAGUAUUUUGGAGUUGAUAGGUGAAUCGGACCAUAUUAAUAUAUUGAAAAUCAACAUCAAAUAUAUUGUAAAUCUGUUCAAAAAAAUUACUGAAAACACUCAGCAGGUCAGGUAGCAUUUUUGGAAAGAGAAACAGUCAUUAUUUCAGGUCAAUUGAAACAUGGAUUCAAUUUUGUUUUCCACACACAGUAUGUUACUUGACCUGCUGAGUGUUUCUGGUGAUUUCUGGGUUAAUAUAUCAUCAGGCAAAAAUAUCACUUAGUCAAAAAUGUGUUGUAAGAAAGUUAUGGGAAAGAAUUUAGACAAACCACUCAACACACUAAUAUGAACAGGGGCAGAGCCAGGUUUAAACAAUGCACUUGCCCCCAGAAGUGAUGCUAGAAUUAAAUAUCACUUAGGAUAAACAUGGGACGCACAGUCAUAUAUAUUUAUAAGUAUCCUGAUGGGAUGAAUAACUACCUAUAAUGCACUGGUGUAAUGGUUUCACAUUGCUCGAGGUGUUACUUAUAUUGAGGAAUGUUUGCAUGCAGUUUGGGAUCUGCAAAUGUGUCAGCACUGCAGUGGGUGUCACAAUCAUUGCUCAUCACACCAGAGAGUGUGGGCUUGGAGUGAAACUGACAUUGAAAAGAAAAGGAGUGGCUGGAGUUGGAAUUGAAGGAUGGAAUCAAGAAUGUGAAGCCAUCAGUUUGAUGCAGAGCUCACCCCCAAUGGCUAUGAUGGAAUGAACUAGAAAUCUGACACGGAGCAUCAUAAUUUGCUAAGUGGUCUACCGAAUUUCCAAAAUACUUGACAAAAAGCUGCACUACUGUAGUAGAUGAGAUAGAUGUGUAAGGUUUGAUUAGUAAGGGAGUCAGGGGUUAUGGGGAGAAGGCAGGACAAUGGAAGUAAGAGGGAACAAUGGGUCAGCCAUGAUUGAAUGGUGUAAUAGACGAUGGGCCGAAAGGCCUAAUUCUGCUCUUAGAACUUAACAUGAUAUACCAGAGACAGGUGUGCAGGUUGAAAAAUCAAGGGUCUCGACCCAAAACAUCACCCAUACCUUCUCUCUAGAGAUGCUGCCUGUCCCGCUGAGUUACUCCAGCAUUUUGUGUCUACCAAUAAUAUAUUUAAAUUUGAGUUUUCCACCUCUUUCAGGAAAUGAUUUGGGGUUUUGAAUGCUUCAUGCCUUCACCCACCAUUUCCUGAAGUCAAGUGAUGAAUAAUGCGGUAGCCCUCCAGGAGGCCAUCGCAAUUACCUGAGAGACCAGACUGAUGAUUCACCUGUCUUUUAGCUGGUAUAACUCAGCAAAUGAAGACGUCAAGAUGUGUUGACUAGGACAGUUGAAUAGAAAUACAUAUAUUCCAUUUCAAGCUACCUGCUGGACACCUGCUGUAAAUCUCAGAUGUAGAUAUUAUUAAAAUAUAUAAAGUAUUGUGAAUAACUUUAUAGUUUAAUAAUCACCACUCAGAGUAUAUUGAGUUUUAAAUAUGGUUACAUGCCAAUUGUCAUGUCUUCUGUGUCUGACUUUGUUUUUUAUAUUUGUAUGUAUUAUUUAAAUUAUCUUUUAAAUUGCCUGUUAAUUUAUAUCAACAUUAAUUAAUGAACUAAUCAUGCAUUUGGUAUUUUACGCUCUUUGUAAUGCUGAGCUAAGCAGAUUUAUAACUUCCUUAAAACAUCAGAAAGCAUAAGAUGGAACGAUAUAUGGAUCAUGUAUUUUUGAAAAAGUGUAAGAAUGUGUCUAGGAUUCAAACUAUCAGGAUGGUUAUUAUAUCAAUGGUUAUUAUAGAGUUAUAUUCAAUUUAAUAUCUAAAUAAUUAUAAGAUGAAUGAAAAUUGUAUUUAUUUGGAAUCAAUUUGAACUUCUUUCCCAGUUGCCUUUCCUCAGGCAUACAGUACAUGCAUACUUCAGUCCAGCUGUUUGUGUUUAGAAAUUCAAAGCAGAGAUUUUAUUUUAAAUUUAACCAAGCACACAGGUGACAAGGAAGACAAGAUAGCAAUCAAUAAUAAUUAUAUUGAGUUUCAAGCCCAGAACAUUGAAGCACGAAGAAAGGACUAAAUAUAAGGAGAAAGGCAAUGCAAGAGAAAAUAGUUUAACUAUAAUGUAUGUUACACGUAAUUGCUCAACAUAUAUCCAAAAAAACAAAAUAA